GGAGUGUGAUCCAGCGACAUCUCUGGGUCCGGGCGGCUGCCGGGGCUGCUGCUGCUGCUGCUGCUGCUGCUGCAGGGGGAGGGGAAAGAGCCGGAGCGAGUCCCGCUUCUGCCGCUGCGGGCGAGCGGCAAGGAGAGGCGAGAGGCGCUUGCAGCUGGCACAGCGGGCUUCACCUUGCGACCGCUCGCCCAGCCAGCCCAGGUGUGCAAAGCGGCCGGUGGGAGCUAAGCGGACAAGACCAAAUAUAUAUCUAAAUAUAUUUAAACAGGCUAGCAAGAAACUCAAGAGAAGCAGUCAACCCCCACCAUGGUCCAGCAAGCGGAAAGUCCCGAGACGGAGAGCAACCUGCCCAGGGAAGCGAUGGAUACCGAGGAAGGCGAGUUCAUGGCUUGCAGCCCGGUGGCGCUGGACGAGAGCGACCCGGACUGGUGCAAAACGGCUUCGGGCCACAUCAAGAGACCGAUGAACGCCUUCAUGGUGUGGUCGAAGAUCGAGCGCCGGAAAAUCAUGGAGCAGUCCCCGGACAUGCACAACGCGGAGAUCUCCAAGCGCCUGGGCAAGCGGUGGAAAAUGCUGAAGGACAGCGAGAAGAUCCCGUUCAUCCGGGAGGCGGAGAGGCUGCGCCUCAAACACAUGGCCGACUACCCCGACUACAAAUACCGGCCGCGGAAAAAACCCAAAAUAGACCCGUCGGCCAAGCCCAGCGCCAGCCACAGCCCGGAGAAGAACACACCCACCGGCGGCAGCAAGAGCGGCGCCAAGAGCUCCAGCAAGAAGUGCGGCAAAGGCAAAGCCUCGUCGGCCUCCUCGUCCUCCGCGUCGCCCGCCAAGGCUGGGACCAAGCUGGCCCCCCACCCGGGCGACUUCGGCGGCGAAGACUACCCCCCCUUCGGGCCGCUGAAAGGCAGCGGCAAAGCGGCCAAGUGCGUCUUCCUGGACGACGAGGAGGACGACGACGACGAGGAGGACGACGAACUGCAGCUCCGCAUCAAGCAGGAGGAGGACGACGAGGAGGAGGACGACGAGCCGCCCCACCCGCAGCAGCAGCAGCAGCAGCAGCAGCAGCUGCGCCGCUACAACGUCGCCAAAGUCCCGGCCAGCCCCACCUUGAGCUCCUCGGCCGAGUCCCCCGAAGGGGCCAGCCUGUACGAGGAGGUGAGGUCCGGCGGCGGCGGCGGCGCCCCCCGGCUCUACUACGGCUUCAAGGGCGGCCCGCAGGCCAGCCUGUCCCCGGCUUCCUCCCGGUCCAUCUCCACCUCCUCCUCCUCCUCCAGCAGCAGCAGCAGCGGCGGCGAAGAGGCGGACGACCUGCUCUUCGACCUGAGCCUGAAUUUCUCGCAGCAGCAGCAGCAGCAGCACAGCCACGCCGCCUCGGAGCUGGGCGUGGGCGCCGCCUCGGGGAACCUGUCCCUGUCGCUGGUGGACAAGGACCUGGAUUCGUUCAGCGAGGGCAGCCUGGGCUCCCACUUCGAGUUCCCCGAUUACUGCACCCCGGAGCUGAGCGAGAUGAUCGCGGGCGACUGGCUGGAGGCGAACUUUUCCGACUUGGUCUUCACUUACUGAGCGGCGGAGGAGAAGCGCGAGGGGGGCGAGGCGGGCGGGCGGGCGGGCGAACAAGCGGCAGGAGGAGGGCGACCAGAAAAGGACAUAAAUACAUCAGAGGAAAAAAAAUCGCGGAAGGGAAGAUGAUGCUAAAGUGAUGAGAUAUACACGCAUAAAAAGUGGUGGAGUUUCGAAGUGAAGUCAGAUGUCUUUGGGUUUUUUUUCCUGUUCUUUCUUUAAACAAACAAACAAAAUAAUAAGUCGAAGUUAGUUCCGAGCCGAGUCUGGAGUUGUGUUUUUUUCCCCCCUUCUGAUUUCCCCUCCCCCCUCGUUUUUGUUUUUUAACCUGGUGAUCACAACAAGCAAGGAGUAAAGGCAAAUUGGGACUGGGUGUUCAAAGAUACAGAAAGCGCCGUUUGAAGCUUGUCGGUCUUGUGAUUGAAGUCUGGAAGAUGGUCUGCAGAAAAAGAAGAAGAAGAAAAAAGCCUUUUGGCAGCACAACAGUUACUCAAGGGGGUUCGUGGAUUUUUUUUGUUUCUCCGGCAGAGAUUUUACAGGACUUUUCUGAUUUAUAUUUUUUUUGACGUCGUUAAAGGGACCAUUGCAACUGUUUUUGUUCGUUUGGAGGGAGAAAACUGAUGUCUUCUAUGCAUCCAAUUCUUAACAAAGCUGCAGGGAGCUUGAAAAAAAAAUGCAGACUGUACAAACGCUUACAAAAAAACAAAAACUGUGAACUGACUUUAAGAUCAGAGUUUACUUUUCAGAUCAAAUUGUUUAUGGUUUUACAAAUGUGAUUUCUACUUGCCAACUUUUUUUUGUAACUUGUUCCCUUAUACCUCCUUGAUUGAAUACCAGACAGCCUAGACCUCAGUACACAAAGGUAUUGAAACAUUUUUGAUACAUAACAGACCUCAGUCUUUUUUAAAAAUUAAUAUAUUUUCAGGCGUAUUUUUGUACAGUGAAAGGGAACAUUCUUGCUGUGUUUUUUUCAGUAAGACUUUUCAGGCACUUCUUCCCUUUUAAUUUUGUUUUAUUUUUUUCCUCUGUUUUUAGCAUGCAAGUUAUAUGGGUACGUUUAUGUCCUGGUUUUAAAAGGAUUAAAAAAAUCCUUGCAUCUAAAGGCCUUGUGGUUUUAAAAAAAAAGAAACAAACACUUUUUUUGUACAGCUAUAGUUCAGAUUUGUUCAAUAUUUGUAGGUAAAGAUUUAUUGGAAAUGGUGAUAUAGACCUCAGAGCUGUUAUCUUAGUUUAAAAGAUUGUAUAUGUACUGUACUAUAGUAGGAAUUUAUGUAUCUCAUAUGCUGUGAUAUGUGGAUGGGGGCCCAGAUGGAAGGUAUGAAACUGGAUUCUCAACGCUUUUUUUUAGCAAAAAAAAAUGAAAUGGGGGAAAAAGAAAGGCACAUUGAAAAAGGAAAAAAAAGUUUCUCAUUUUGUGCAAUAUGAUCCUUAAAAAGUACAGACCAUCUGCAUAUUUUGUAGCAAACGAUGGCAAAAAGCAGACUUGUGCACUGUCAAAACCAUUGCCUGUUUUUUUUAAAUGCUGAAAGUCUGUAUCUUGACAAUUUUAAUAAAUCAGCUGGAACUGAUAGAAACUCGAUUCGCAGUUAAGUGUCUCUAGAAGCAGUCGCGGGUAUCCAAACGCUCGCUCCUCACCCAUAGAGGAGAUUCAGCUGAGAGUCUUGGAUCUGUAAUAAGGGGGGGGGGGGGAGAGAUAUGGACGGUGGGAUGGGCUUAAAGGGCGAUUUCCUCUCUUCCUUUGGACUUUUUGCCUUUCUACUCCACCUUCCAAUAUGGUCUCUCACUCUCUUGGGUCAGGCGCGUUGGAUAUGGACGGAUGCUAAUGCUGAGAAGGGGUCACAUGUGGGGCCAGGAGCGAGAGGUCCGAUUCUGUGGGUGUUCAGGGUGGCGCCAACAGGGUCCUGUCAGGGGCAGGGAGGCGAGCAGUCAAGAUGCUGUCGCUGCGCUUGCAAAGGCAACGGGGGGGGGGGGGGCGUAUCAACCUUGGCCAGGGCUGGGGGAGCCGAAUUGAGGUCUGCCAUGAUGGAAAGGGGGGCACCUUCAGGCCUCCUUUGUGUGUGUGUGUUGUGUGCGCCAGGAGAGGAAAAGCCCUCCCAAGAUUGCCUUUCUUCUUGCUCCCCGCCUCGUCUGGGUUUCGGGGGGGGGGGGUAUUUUAUUUCUGUCUCCGGGGAAGGGGCCUCUCCCCGCCUCCUUGCUUGUGGGGCUCUCGUAGCGCGGCGGAGAAGGCUGGCAGGCUCCGCUAGCCUGCACGAAGGGGGUGUGUCUCGAGCAUGUGUGGCGGGCGCGGAGUCAGCUCCGGCUGCCGCUUCUGGCUGCCUCAGGAGCGCGCUGCUGUCGGGUGUACAUUGCGUGGGGAGAGUGCACUUGGGAGGGGGAGGGCAGUUGGGGAGGGGAGGGGUCUUUUCUUUGGGGUCGUCGUUGGCCCUCGGCUGCUCCCCUGGCUCAUCAUCAGCGCCAGCCUCCUGAGCAUGUUGCGCGCUCUGUCUUUCCUGCUCUCCCCGAGACGGGCGAGCGCGCGCAAAGGCGGGUGUCUGAUAGGGGAGGGGUGGGGGGACGUUGGGGGAGGGGAGGGAGACAGCCGCACGAGCAUCCCUCCUCCACCCUGCGCUUCCUCCCGCCUCCCCGCCCUCCUUCCAUUCAGUGGGACUUGGGCGGAGGGAGGUACCCAUUUUUUUCCCUCGGCAGCCUCUCAUUUGUCAGGCAGGCGGCUCUCUCUUCCCCUCCCCCACUUUCCUCAGCUCCGUUUCAUCCAGGAGCCUUUCUGUUGGUUACCAUAAAGAGGGCGUGUGUGUGUAUGUGUGUGUCGUUUCAGGCAAUUUGCUUUGUUUCCUGUGCAUUUGCUGGGAUGCAAUUUUAUUGAGUCUGCGGGCCACAACUUGGCAAUCAUCAUCCUUGAGCACAGUGCUUUCCUCUCGGGCUUUUCUUUCUUUUUUUUUUUUGAGCCUGGGCAGAACCAGUGUAGCUAGAAAAGAUGCUCUGGAGGGGGUGGGGAGGACUCCAUUCUGCUGUUUCAUCAGCCCCAGAGCAGCGGGGGGUUGCUUUGCAAAUGCUCCAGUGCCAUUUUCCUAAACACCCCCCCCCCCCCGCAAUUGUGCCACUGGCUGGGGGUUUGUGAACCUCCUGAUAAGGUUUUUUAUUACUUUUUUUGGUUUGUUUUUAAAGCCUUCUUGUAUCAGCCCUAUGCCUUGAGAAAAGUUGGAUGCAAUAUUUAAUUGAUUGAUAGGUACAAUUGUAAAUUUAUUUGUGAUACCAUGAGCAUUAUUCCAUCCAUUUUAAAAAAAACAUGACUACCAGUUUAGUGAACUGUCUUUAAGAAGCCACACACCUUGAAUAUGUUUGUUCAGCUUAAGGAGAGUUUGGUAGAACUUGGUCCCCUUUGAGAGUGAGCAUAAUUAACUUUGGAGGAAGUCCUGCUAAAACGAUCUGUAGGACUUGUUUUUGAAUGAAACAGGAUAGGACAGGGCUAUUAAUACUUUACAAAAGCAAUUCGUUGUCUGGAUCACUUUGAGAAUCACUGCUGUGGGUUUUCAGACUGGAUGCAUACACAUUUGAACAGUAUAAACAAAGUAAAGCAUUGACAUGCAUUAUGUUUCAGUGGAGGAUAAUAGGGUGAUUGUAGAGGGAAGAGAUCCUGUUUUUAAAGUAGCUGAUUAAGCUGGUGAUCAAAUGUUUAAAAUCUGUUCUCUUAUAAUAAAAUUGUACUCUAAAUGGAGAAAAAGAUCAGCCUUUAUGUUGGAUCUAAAGAAUAUGGCAUGUCUAGGGUCUUUCCUUGUAUUAAACCUAUUUUAAAGCUGGAAGAUAGAGGAAGAGCUUGAAUUUUAAGUUUCCGUCUUUUUAAUUAGUAUGUUAAUGGCUUUAAAUUGCAGUUUAAAAGGGGGGAGGGUAGGAAAAGAACUUUAGCCCUUAGUUGUUCUUUAGUUGAACAUUACUGAACUUCUGGUGACAUGUUGGUCAAGUUCUAGUCUUUUGAAAAACUGAGCCAAAAAGGGAGCAAUCCUAAGCAGGUCUAAUAUUGUUUCCCGGAAAGAUGUCCUUAGGAUUGCAGCCAAUGUUUUCAUUCUUGAAGCUAUCAUCAAUGUGUAUGAAUCCCCCCAUCCCUUUCUUUCUUGUAGAAAUGCUUGUUUAUGAAAGUGAUUAUUAGGCAGUAGAAAUGAAUAACUGUGUUGCAAGUGUUUGGUAAGCUAUAUAAUGAUGGUCAACCAUAGUGUAGGCUUGGCUGGUAGCUGCAGCUAUGUUUCAAGGUCUCCUCACUCUUUUUGUGUGAAUGUUAGUGGAUAUGAAUAUUUCCAUAAUUUAUCCAGGUAUAAAACAUGAUUGAAUGGCAUACCUAUGCUAAUCAGGAGAUGGGAUAGGGAUUGGAAAUACCUCUCCCCGCAAAAGAGACUUAAAUUUGUUUUGCAUUUUUUGGGGGGAGAAGUGAUAAACAUUAUAGUGCUCUGUAAGGUCUGAAUGAAUGUACAAUAUACAAGGAAGAAAAACUUACAUUUGAUCUAAAAGGUCUUUAAACUUGUCCAUUUGCUAACUAGUUUGUUCUUUUUCUCGAAUGUAUGCCAAAAGUUCUACGCUCAGUGGGCACAAAAUAAUUCUUUUGUCAGUGUAACUUGUAAUUAACACAUUGGCUUUUUAGUGCUAGAGUUCUUGUCAUGUAAUAAAUAUGUUCCUGUUUCUUCCUUGUAUGUGCACAUUUCUGCAGACUAUCCUUUUGAAAAAAAAUUAUACAUAUAUCAGGCAUUGUGCACUUGACUAAACCAUACACAUCUUCUUUGGUUCCUCAGCACUUUACUUAUCUAUGGGUGAGGAGAUAUACCACUGAAAGGCAUAAAACAAAAGAUUCUAAUGAUUGCCAAGUUUUUAUCUAUGGAAAUGCCUUGACCGUAUAUUGGGUAUUGUUUCAAAAAGCAACCUAAGGGUUUUUUGAAAGAUGAAAUCCAGUUUAUAUCUUUCCUUCUGGCUACUUCUUCUCUAAUGUUAGAAGAUCUAAUUCACAAAAAUGUUUAAUUCUUUAAGGGCAAUAUAUAUGACAGAUGAAAUAGAAAGAUUGAUUAAAAUGUCUUUUAAAAUUGUAUUUACUCUAAAUAUAGAUGUCCAUACAUGCAAAAGGUAACUUUUUCCUAGUGUAGUGUCUUCAGAAAGUGAUUUGAACCUAUGAGGCCUUAAUGGCCAUUCAUGGCAAUGUAAAUUGGUUAUAAAACUAUAGUUAGACCAAUCUCUAUUGAAUGUGAAGUCAGAAUCAGACACCAUAGAUUGUUUUAGUCUUUGGCUGUCUGUUCUACAGAGCUCUCUUUGUUCUAUAUCUCCACCUUUGCCACACAUUCCUAUUCUAUGGCCUGGUAAGAUCCUGAUCCUGCACUUCUUAGAAGAAAAAAACUUUUUGAGUUUAUUUGUAUUUUGUAAAAUCUUUAAAGUCUGGGCCUUGAUUCUUCAAUGGGUUUAAAGAUUUCUUUUUCACAGCCCUCCCCACCCCCCAAUCUUUGGUAGCUGCAAGAGCUAGGGAGAAAUUCCAUACAUUAAUCUGCCUUUGUGUUUCAGCACCCUUUUGACUCCCAAUCUUGCUCUCUUUCCCCUUCCACAUAAUAAGUUGUAGGGAUUUCUUUUACUCCCUUUCUUUCCAUACACUACCUAUAGCAAUCAACUGCCUAAUUGAUUUUACCCUCCCUUCAUGGAUGCAGUGGAUUUUUAAGAGAAUUUCACAAGCAAGUAGUUUUUUAGUGAGUUUACAAGUAAACAGAGUUUAAAGAACCUAUUUUUAUAUUCAGUAUAAAGCACAAAUGUGCAGAAAUUGUAGAAUGACUUACAAAAAGGGAAGUAAAAGUCCAUACUAUUUCAUUUAUAAAAGUAAUACCUUUAAUUGGGCAUUAUCCUCCUAGAUAAACCCAAUAUUUAUGCCAGUGCAAAGUUAAGAUUAUUGCAACAUCUCCUGGGAAACGAUGAUGGACAGCAAUUUUGCAGUAACGACUUCUAUGAAUAAAAGCAACCCCCUCUGAAAGCACUACGGCCAAGAAGGGGAGGUGGUUCUCAAGAAUGCAUAAACAACCUGGAAGUUUAAAAAUUCCCUGGCUUUAUUAAAGUCAUCACACCUCUUUGUGUUCAUAGAUUUCAUGUCCAGAUGUUCCCUGGUGUAAAAAUAAAAAGGACAUAUCCAAAUGGGGGGAGUUUCUAGUGAAUUAUGCUUUCAGCAAAACAAAAUAUGAAUUUGAUGCAGAUCACUUAUAGAGAUAAUAUGUUCCACUGAUUUCAGCAGUGGGAGAGAUCGCACCAAUAUAAUUUCAACAGGAUUAGGACUGCAUCUCUAAUAUUUUAUACUGUGGGGAAAAUUGAUCAUAUAACAAAUACUGAUCUGGGAACUCCCAUUCUCACCAUUUGGUUUACUUCCAUCUUCCUGUUUAUGUUCAAAACCGACUUGCCUCAACUCUUGGUUACACCGGGGAUAACAGUUAGCUUACUAUUGUCAUUUAUAUUUGGUCAUUGACCGUAAAUAAAGUCUUCUUCUUCUACUAUUGUCAUUUUGUUUGUAAUUUUGAUCUUGUACAUACAUUGGAAGUUUGGAGUCUCUGCAUAAUACUAUGAACCUUCAUUUUCUUUCUUACUUUCUGGUGGGCUGUUUUAGUUUGGAGGCCUAUUGUACUAGUGUGGGACUUUUGAUGGUUACAGCAUUUGUGAGAUGUUGUGUGAUGGCCACAGGUGGAGUAAACUGAAUGUCUUUAGAGAAGGUUUUUGUUUCAGCAUGACACUUUUAAAGAUGUGUAAUUUCAAGACAAGAGUUUUGAUGGCCACAUAAAAAAAAGGUUUUUUUUCAUAGCCACUCCAGGUAUGGGGAGGGGAAGAAAGCUGAAAAGUACUUUUGUUUAGAAGUCUGAAUGACAGUAUGGGGGGGUGGGAAAGACCUUCUUCAAAGUUUUUGCAUGCCAGUGCAGGGGCCUAUUGCUGUAAGAAGGAAAAAAAAUAAGAGAGUUUGGUUUGCUUGAGGCAACGCACUGGAGGACAAGAGUGUUUUCUAGCACUAGGAAAAAAAGAAAAUGCAUGGCAGAGUUUUGUCUUCUAGUAGACUAUAUAGCAUGCAGAGUUUAGUAUGUGUCAAAACAGUGUAUGACAUUGCUGUAUCAAAGUUGUAAAGUUAAGCAUUAUUUAUUAAAAACUAUGUAUUUUUUUUGUAAAAACCUGAUCACCUAGAGGAUCAAUAUCAUUCACUUGUACUAGUGCUACAUUCUUAACCAGCUUCUUUACUACAGUACUUGAUAUGCAGUGUUAAACGCUCAGGGUUGAAAAACAGUCCACUCCAAUGUCUCUUCUCUCCUUUUUCUUUUUUUCUCUUUUGGGAAAGAAUUUCAAAUAAAGGAACAACUUGAUACAAUUGUUCAAAGACUCUAAUAAAAUUAUGUGAUCAAUCUUUGUAUGUGUUUUUAUGUGGAUUUCCCCCCCCCCCCUCAGUUUUGUAUUUUGUAAAAAAACAAACAAAAAAAGACAACUCUUUAAGGGCUCUGCUCUUCAUUUUGUGGGGCAACCAGUUUUUUCAUUAAAUAUUCUUUCUUUCCAAGCAAACAUGGCUUAUAGCCCUGGCUAGGAUAGCUUGGGCAAAAGGCUAUUGUUUGCCAUCUGUGAUGCUCUGGGAUUUAAAAAAAAGGCAAAUAAGAUUUCUUUUUUCAUGCUUAGCGCUUUGGGGGAAGCCAAAGCAAAGUACAUUAGACUUAUGAUUUCAGACAAUGUUUUAAAAUUUAACAUGAAAUAAAGAAAUAAGAGAGGUUUCUACUCUUGGAUGAAAUACCAGCAAACUCCAUUUCUCUGUAUCUUUUUUCUACAAACAAUUUACACUGUAAAUGUAUUUUGACAUAGAAAUAAAUCAUUCUGUAUUAAGAUUCUUGAUAUGAAAAUGUUUUUAUGAAAAUCUGUAAUUGGAACUAUAAUAUGUUUAUAAAAUGUGUUUAUGUGGUGGAAGUUUGUUGUAUAUUAAAUAUGGUUUUAUAUAAA